AUAACAGCACAGGAAAGAUGUAUAAUGUGAUUCCGCUGCUUGGUCGCGUCGGUCGUCGGUAGUCGGUAUUCGCACUCGAUUUGGAUCGCAUUCGAUGCUGUCCGCUGGCAGAAUCAUCACAUAAAGAGGGGGACCGAGGGAGCAAAACGGGCAGAGGUGCAAGAGAGUGAGCGAGUGCAAAAUGUGAGCACGUGUGACGAAACAGUGCAGAAAAGUUAUCCUGUGCUUGGUGGCAACGUGAAACCGUGGAAUAUACGUGUAGUACCGAGGGGGUUCUCUUUCUCUCGCUGCACACAAGGACUCAUCUUUUAGUGCACUUCACAUUUACACAAACAUGGCACCUAAAUCGAAUAUCGCUGAGAAAGUGCUGAUGGGGUUGCUGAUCGUGCUAACCGUGACAGCCGAGCUUGUCGCAUCGGCGGCAGUACUGGAUGAGGAUGCUGAAUAUUGUCCCAAAAUGUGCAGCUGUGAUAUACUCGACGGACUGAAGCGAGCAGACUGUAGCAACGAAAACCUUAUCAGCACACACACCGGCAUACCGAGCGGGGUGGAAAUUCUCGAUCUCAGCCUUAAUAUGGUAUCUUCGAUUGAAGAUGAUAACCUAGCGACCUAUGACAAUCUGGUGAAGCUCUUUCUGUCGGAGAACUCCAUCGAAACGAUAUCGCUGAACGCAUUCGCCGGUUUGGCACGCCUGAAAACGCUCGACCUAUCGCACAACCGACUGGAACAGCUGGAUGGGCAGCUGUUUGAGCGGAAUGGCCAGCUGGUGGAGCUGAAUCUAGCGCACAACAAUUUCAUGACGCUCUCCAAUCGACCAUUUCUCACGAGCAGCUCUAUAAGGAUGCUCGAUCUCUCCGGCUGUCGAAUACCGCAAAUCUUUGACGUGACGUUUAGCGAGCUACCGAACCUGCGCCAGCUGGAUCUUUCGAAGAACGUAAUGAUUAGCCUGUCGGCCGUGCCAUUCGCCAUGCUUCGGAAUCUCAACUCGAUCGAGCUGACCGAUAACCGGUGGACCUGUGGUUCGAAAUCGGUUCGCAGCACGAUCCGGUUGCUGAAGAAACAGAUCAAGACGAUUGAUGUGGAAAAUUGCUUGCUAAUGGAUCGCGAUUCGUGGGGCAACGAAUUCGAACGUAUGCUGGACGAUACGCACGGUACUGGAAGAAACGCUCGGGUGGAAAUACCGAUCGAGGAAGUUUGGGGCAAUGGAACGGGCCGAAAGCGGCACUCCGGAGUCGUUUGGCCAAAGUUCAUGAACUACACGUGCUCGUUCCGUGACAAUGACGCAGCAUCGCAAGAGUCCUGCGAUCAGUUCAUCGAAUGUCAGCUCUCGUACGGCGAGCUGUACAAUCAGCUGUUGUCGCGCAGGAACGCAAUCCAAGGAGGACGCGCCCGACAGAUGAUCUUCUUUGCCGGUAUGAUUGUAGGAAUGCUGGUCGGCUCGUUUGGCACCUACAUCAUCUAUUGGGCGAUCAGGAGCUGCCGUAAGCGCGGCUCCAACCCGCAACAGAUGGCCAUCUCCGAUGAACGGAAACAGUUUCAUCAGGAGCUCCGGAGAGAGUUCCGGGCACGCAAUCGCUUUGCACAUAGUCGAUUGAAGGAGUCGCCCAUCGCCGAACGACAGGGGCGUACACGGACGCAGCGAGGAUCUCUGGACGAGGAAAUCUAUCAAAACCACGAGCAUACGCGCCAGUUUCUGGUCAACCUGUUCUCCAAACGACAACCCCGAUACGUGCGAAACAACUCGCAGAUUGCCAACAUCAACAACCGGCAUGUUCCACCGGCCGCUACGCGCGAACCACGUGAUCCGCCGACGUUCCAUGCCGGCAGCUCCGCGGCAGAACGGUUGUGGAACGAGCAGAACAGUGAAACCUUCGAACGAGAACGGAUGCUCAUCCAACCGAGUGCGAACGAGGAUCUUGAACAACCGACCUGGGUGAGCAUACGACCGACGACCGGUGGUACAGGGACGCUGCCACGUAAUUCCGGCCGGCCAGCUCAGGAGUUACCGGCAACCAGCGAAACUCCGCCACCACCAUAUGCCGAAUUUGCAUUAAACAUAGAACCAAAGGUAGAGCCGCCGAACGGCACGUAAGCGAGUGUUGACAAAGGAUAUUUUAUAUAGAUCUAAAACGUUAGUUUCUAGAUACAAAGUUAAGAACUAUUUUUAAAAUUAAUAAAGCUCAUC